AUGUAGUAUACAUCAACUAGUAAAUGCAAAUUGAUGUCCCCAUAGAUAGAACAAGAAAUGAACUCAAAGGGUUUAGAUAAUUCAAUUGUUGAAAUGAGUCCAAUGAAGGUAGAAACUUCCAACCCAGGCAUUUCAACAACUCAGUAAUUGGUCUCAGCAUAAAAGUUUGGUGGGACAACCAUGAGAAUCAAUUCAAUUCCCCUUGAUUCUUUGUAACCACCAGAUUUACCAGAAUCUGAAGGAAUAUUAUCUCUUGAUAAAUAAAGAGAAAACUAAGCAAUGCUGAUAAAAAAGAAAUCACCAUUUGCUAAACUGAUAAUAAAUUGUCAUUCAUUAAAAUUUGCAAACAAAAUGAUUAGCUUUAUAAGACCAGAUUGUAAAUUUUCUCAAAAAUAACACGAAAUUUUAAACGAUUAAGCAAGCUCAUAUACGAAAUAGAAAGGAAAGAUAAGUGGUAAUUUUCUGCAAUAAAAUCUUAAUACAAUAGAUUUAUAAAUAAGACUCAAAAUUAGAACAUGGAAAAAUAGUAUAGUAAAUAAAUUUUCUGGAUGCUUCUCUUAAUUAUAUAAUUACAUCCCAUUAAUAGAACCAAAUAAUACAAUUAAAUUAAUCUGGGACUUUUUACUUUGUCUGAUUCGUAUUUAUUUGAUUAUUUGGUCUCCUAUCAUUAUAUCGUUUCCAUUUUUAUAAAAUGAUCAUGCCAACUAUUUUCUAAUUAGUUGCAUGUUUCUUGUAUUUGAUUUAGUAAUAAGAAACUUUACUAUCUAUUUUCACAAAGGAUUACCAGUUAAGAAUCGAUUAUAAUUAUUUAAAAAGCAAAUUAAUCUUGGUUUAGCAAUAGAAAUAGGCAGUAUUUUAUUUGGAAUACUUGUAUCCCUAGAUUAUCAAUUAAGUACUUGGUUUUUUAUAUUAUUUUAUUAUUAAUUGAGAAACAUAAUGAAAUUAGUCGACAUAAUCUAAUAUAAUUUAAAACCAACUAAAAUGGUGAGUUCUGUAAUAGAUCUUUUUAAAUUGAUAGCUACAGUUUUAUUAAUUCAACAUUUCUGUGGUUGUCUUUGGUAUUUAAUUUUAUUUAUGUAUUCCAUAGGUUAAAACUAGGUUAGUAUUAUGAAAAUCAAGGUUAAAUCAAUUGGAUGAUGGAAUUGAAAAAUGAAAAUUGGUAAGUAUAAUUUUUAGAAUCAUUUUAUUUUAUGAGUGUAACAAUGUUUACUGUAGGUUAUGGAGAUAUUACACCAACUAGUAAAAGAUAUAUUAUAUUAUUAGAUUCACUGGAAAAGAUGUUUUGUAUUUGUUACAUGUUCUUGUCCACAUUACAAUAUUCUUAUUCAGUCAACACUAUCGGUCUCAUCCUCACUUAGAUGAAGGAAAAUAAUGAAAUGAUUAGAUAAAAGAUGACUUGUAUUAAUGAAUAUUUACAUUGUAAAAAGUUAAGUACUGAACUCUCAAUGAAAGUAAGGGAGUAUUUUAAUUUUUAUUGGAAUCAAGAAAUAAUUCAAAAAAAAAAUGAAUAAAUAAGACUCAUCACCUUAUUACCUGAAGAUCUGUAAUAAAAAUUAAAAUUGGAAUCUGCUUCAUCAUUAAUAAUUAAAUGUUAAUAUUUUUCUCAGUUUCCUAAACCUGCAUUAGAAUGUCUACUUUAAAGCACUGAAUUUAAUGUAUUUUAGCCAGGAGUAUUUAUUAAUACAUAAGAUUAUAUAUAUAUAAUAGAAAAUGGAAAAGUUGAAGUGAUGCAAGAUAAGGUAUUAUUUUAAAUAUAAAUAGAUUGUACUUGACACAUUAAAAGAAAAUUAGUUUUUUGGUUUGUAAGAACUCUUUUCAUAAAAUGAUAAAAUAGAUUAUAAAUCUGCUGAUUUUUCUAGUUUAUUAAUGAUACCUCGUUCAGAAGUUUAAAAAGUUGUGAGCAAAUUCCAAUUGUAAAUUAUACCUGAGAAAUUUUGUUAUAUAUGUCAUGAUAAACGACACUACACUCGAUGGUGUAAUGUUGUUCAUUAUGUACCUGAUAUAGAGAAAGUUAUAAUGAGAUAUCAGUUUUAAAAUAGAUAAGAGAGAGGUAGAUUGAAGUAAGCUAAAAAAAGAACUAAAUUCUAAGCAUUAAAUGAAUAGGUUUUGAUAUAAGAUAGUGCCAAGAUAUAUCAACUAGAGAAUGAUAUAGUUCCUGAAAAUGAGAUUUAAGAUUAAUAAAGUUAGGGUCUUAGUCUACAUUAAAAUGGAGCACCAAAAAUUAAUGUUGUUACUUUUGAAGAUUAAUAAGGUUAAUUAAAUCCUCCAGAAUGGUUGGUUGAAACUUCUUUUAACCCAGCUAAAUUCAUGCAAAGGACCAGCAUAUUAUAAUAAACUCAAAUUUUAGAUAGUUUUAAAAAUAAAAGAGAAAAAAAACUAUUAUUAUCUGGAACAACUAAUAAGUUAAGUGAUUAAACAGUAAUUUCUGAUAAACCUGGUGAUUGUCAAGAAACCUUAAAUAAACUAAUAUCGAUCCUACCUAAGUUGACGAACAGAGAGUAUGAGAAAUGUUUCUUUCUUAUUAAAAAGAUUGAAGGAGAGUAAGGUUUAACAGAAAUAUAAGAAUUUGAAUAAAUUAAAGAAUUUGAUAAAUUUGAUAGGGAAUGGAAUAUAGAUAGAGUUAUAACUAAAUUAAUGAGACCUAUAAGAAAAAAUAAUCUAGAAUUACUAAAUUAAUUAUUAAAUAAGUAUUCAAAAUAUCUAUUAUUUCCUUAUGAAUUUAUACGCUUAUUUAGAAAUUCAUUAAUUGAAGAAGAAGAUAUUAAACAAAAUAAAUAUUAUUUAGAAUAAGUUAGACAUAGUGUGAGACAUUUUUUAAAAAGAAAAGCAACAACUGUAUUUCCAAUAAAAUGA